CGUCUUUUUCUCGUUCCUCUAAGUUCGCGAUUUUCCUUGAGAGGUUUCGAGCACCCAAGAGACCUAAACCCAAAAAGAAAGGUUGAUCCCAAUUUUCUUUUUGCUAAAAAACAAAAAUGAUAAAUUAGAUAAGAGAAUAAUACCACAAACCCAAAUAAAAAAAAGGUAUAAUUAGAUAUUCUAAACUUCUUCGGAUCGUCGAGUUAAUCCCCCGUCGAAGAAGAAACCUUUGGUCUCGCCUAAUCCCGUGCUGUUUUGCCCGGAAAACCACUUCUGGUUUUCUCCUUUUCCCCCCCUCGUGUCGCCUUCGCCGGCGUUGGAGAUGAAGAACCGUCGGAAGCGCGGUGGCGGAGGCGACGUCGUUUCAUGGAGCAGGUUCUUCUGGUGCGUCGUUCUGUUCAUCAUCUCAUUCGUCGUCUUCUCUGGCUCCUUCUUCUUCAGAGGAAAGUUCCAUCCGGUUGUACGGUCGGCGUUGCGUUCACCGGCGUCGCGGGUGAUUUCGGGCAACUCUAACGCGCCGGCGACGGUGGUCUCAAUCCGUGAAGCGGUUAAGCUUCCCGACCAAACACUGGUUUUCCUAAAAUACCCUCCAUCCGCUCGGUUAUUUUCCAAAGAGGACCUGCUCUGCGUUUUCUCCGCCGCCGCCGAUUCAUCCCAGCUGAAGAAACCUCCCUCCGCGGUGGAAAACGAUGGUCUCGGUGGCCAGGUCGUACGGUGCCCAGAAACGCCACGUGGCCACUCCGUAUCGCUCGUCGUUCCGAGAUCGACGGCGGACGUUCGCCUCCUGGCAGGACCCACGCAUGAGUGGGACCUGCUUGUUUUCGACGCCGUGAUCGACUACGACAACUCCACGGUGGUCUUCGUGAAGGGGCUUAAUCUACGGCCAGGAAAAGUCGCUGACGUGUCAAGGUACGAGUGCGUGUACGGCUGGGAUUUCACGAAGCCCAAUCAGUUGCUUAGAUCUGAGCUCAUCUCGGCGGCCCAGGAGAUCGUACGGUGCAGAACGCCCCUCAGUGUAUUGGACGGCCCACGAUCGACCCAAGAACCGGUCAAAGUCUCGAUCAGAAUCAAAGGAGGUGGAUUGCUUCCCUCCACGGCCCACCCGGAUCGAUUUCCGGGUCGGGUCAAAGAUCCGACCCAGAGUAGACCUUUUAAUAUGUGCGCUUGCACCAUGACGCGAAACGCGGCCGCGUUCUUAAGAGAGUGGGUGAUGUACCACGCCCGAAUCGGCGUUCAACGGUGGUUCAUCUACGAUAACAACAGCGACGACGACAUAAUCUCCGAGAUCGAGAACCUUGAAAAGCUCGGCUACAACAUCUCGAGGCAUCUAUGGCCAUGGAUCAAGACCCAGGAAGCUGGAUUCGCCCAUUGCGCGAUCCGGGCACGCAGCGAUUGCGAUUGGGUCGCGUUCAUCGACGUCGACGAGUUCUUCUACUUACCAUCGAGGUUAACUUUACCGGACAUCAUAAGAAACUACUCUGCCUCCGGCGAAAUCGGAGAGCUCCGGACAUCGUGUCACAGUUUCGGGCCAUCGGGUCUGAGAGACCAGCCGCGGGGAGGAGUGACGGUAGGGUACACGUGUCGGAUGGCUUUGCCGGAGCGGCACAAGAGCAUAGUGCGGCCGGAAUCGCUGAACGCGACGCUGAUAAACGCGGUUCACCAUUUCCACCUCCGAGACGGCGUCGAGUUUGCCGACGUGGACAUGGGUAUGAUGGUAAUUAACCACUACAAAUACCAGGUGUGGGAGGUUUUCAAGGAGAAGUUUCGUCGGAGGGUGGCGACUUACGUGGCGGAUUGGCAAGAGGAAGAGAAUAUCGGGUCGAAGGAUCGAGCUCCCGGGUUGGGGACCCGACCCGUUGAACCGCCCGACUGGGCCGAGAGGUUCUGUGAGGUGAGGGAUACGGGUCUUAGGGAUUGGGUUUUGGAGAAUUUAAGGGAUUACAAAACGCAGCGUUUAAUGUGGGAGAAGGAGAAGGAAGGUUUUGGGAGAGUGGAAGAUGAAGUUAGCGUGGAAAUGGGAUCAUGGACACACAAGAGGAGGAGAAAACAUAAAUUAAAAGCCCAUUAGUUAUAUUUUUCUUUUUCUUUUUUGUAAAUGGAAAAUAAAUUAGACACCCUCCGUUUUUCCUGUAAAAAUGGUUGUUUAGUAAGGCAUGAAAAUGAAAAAAACAAAGAAAAAUCUUAAAUUUUAAA